AUGGCGUCGCCCAUGGAAGACCAUCUCUUCGCCCGCCUGCAGCACAAGACGGACGCGGCCGCGCUGCAGCGCCAGCAGGACGCCCUCAGCUCGCGGCAGUCCGCGCAGGACCGCCGCUCGCAGGACCGCCUCGCCGAGCUGGUCCAGGAUAACGCGUCGCUGCCCGUGACCAUCCGCUCCGUACGCGUCCUGCACGCCCACCGUACGCGCCGCGGCUUCCUCGAGCGCGCCGUCGGCCCCGUCCUGAGCGCCAGCGGCCCCGACGGCUGCACGCUCGAGGACGCCCUGGCCGCCGUCGGCGCCGCGGCCGACAGGCUGGACCGCUUCGGCAUCUUCAAGGCGCCCGUCGCCGUCUUCCUUGACCGGCCCGACCCGGCGACAGCCGACUCGUCGCCCACGGACGUCGACGUCUACUUGGCGGCCCACGAGCGCGGCCGCUACACGGUCAAGACGGGCACCGAGGCGGGCGCCUCCGAGGCCGACGCCUACGUCCACGCCGAGCUGCGCAACCUGUUCGGCGGCGCCGAGACGCUCAACGCCCACGGCUCGCUGGGCACGCGCACCCGCUCCGCCUACUCGCUGGCCUUCGACACGCCCGUCGCUAGCCGCCCCGACCUCCGCUGGCAGCUGCACGGCUUCGCGAGCUCCGCGCUCAAGCCCUGGGCCGCCCAUGAGCUGCGCCAGCGCGGCGCCACCACCCGCCUGCUGUGGCGCUCGGCCGCCGGCCACGAGCACGCGCUGACCUACGCCGGCGUCUGGCGCCAGCUCACCGCCCUCGCCCCGCACGCAUCGCCCACGGUGCGCGCCGACGCCGGCGACUCGUUCAAGAGCAGCCUCACCCACUCCUGGACUAACGACCGCCGCGACAACCCGCUGCUGCCCUCGCGCGGCUACCUGCUCAAGACAGUCGCCGAGCUUGCCGGCCUCGGCGCCCUCGCCGGCGACGUCUCGUUCCUCAAGACCGAGGCCGAGUCGCACCUCGCCCUGCCCGUCGGCGCCACCGGCAUCACCCUGACCGCCGGCCUGCGCGCUGGCCUGCUCUACCCGCUCGCCCGCAACGCCAGCACCAUCAAUGACCGCUUCCAGCUCGGCGGGCCCAACAGCGUGCGCGGCUUCCGCCUCGGCGGGCUGGGCCCCCACGACGGCGCCGAUGCUGUCGGCGGCGACCUCUUCGCGGCUGGAGGCGCCAGCCUGCUGCUCCCCGUCCCGCGUGUCGGCAAGGACACACCGCUGCGCCUCCAGGCCUUCAUCAACGGCGGGCGUCUCCUCGCCCUCAAGCCCGCCAAGUCAGAGGACGGCACCUUGGCCGCUGACGCGCGAGAAAGCCUCAAGCAGGCCUUCCGAGACCUGAAGGAGGAGCUGCCGAGUGCCGCCGCCGGUGUCGGCCUGGUCUACGCGCACCCUCUCGCGCGGUUCGAGAUCAACUUCAGCCUGCCGCUGGUCAUGCGCAAGGAGGAGCAGGGCCGCAAGGGGCUGAGCUUCGGGGUGGGAAUCGAGUUCUUGUAG